CUGGAGUAAGCCUGGUCAGACAGUGGCCGGACUGCGGCUGUCAUCUGGGUGUUCGUGGAAGUCGAGGAAAUCAGAACAUACCUCCGCCGUUUGCAGCCUCUGAAAACAACGGAAAAAGGAAUGCGGAUCUUCAACGCCAACGUCAGCAACGCCAGCUUGCGGCUGGACUCGAACGGCGGCUCGGACAGAAACGAGAAGCUGGCGCAGGUCGAGGUGGCCGUGCUGGGCGUCAUCUUCCUGUGCGCCUCCGUUCUCAACUUCGGGCUGCUGGCCAUCCUGUGGCGCCGCCGCAAGCAGGUGUCCAGGAUGCGCGUCUUCGUGCUGCACCUCUGCCUGGCGGACCUGGUGGUCGCCUUUUUCCAGGUCUUCCCGCAGCUCUUCUGGGACAUCACGGACCGCUUCGUGGGCCCCGACUUCGUGUGCAAGAUGGUCAAGUACAUGCAGGUGGUCGGCAUGUUCGCGUCCACCUACAUGAUCGUGGUGAUGACCAUUGACCGCUACCAAGCGAUAUGCAACCCCAUGGUGACUUUUCAGCGGAAGCGGACCCGCUGGAACGCUCCCGUGUGUGUGGCGUGGGGCAUCUCCCUGCUCGGCAGCCUCCCUCAGUUCUUCAUCUUUUCCAAGACCGAAGUCUCGGAGGGCGUCUUUGAUUGCUGGGCCAGUUUCAUUGACCCUUGGGGUCUCAAAGCCUAUGUCACUUGGACGACCUUCGUGAUAUUCAUACUUCCCGUCGUGACGGUGAUCGCGUGUCAGGUGAGGAUCUGCCGAGCGAUCCAAAUCAACCUGUACAUCAAGACCCACCAGGAGGGAGACGACGCCGGCGACACCCCCCUGCCGUCGAGAGCCAGCAGCGUCAUCGGCGUGUCCAAAGCCAGGAUCAAAACGGUCAAGAUGACAGUGGUCAUCGUGAUGGUGUACAUCAUCUGCUGGGCCCCUUUCUUCACCGUCCAGCUUUGGUCCGUCUGGGACGAGGAGGCGCCCACCGAAACGGCCACCUUUACAAUCCUCAUGUUGCUUGCCAAUCUGAACAGCUGUACCAACCCCUGCAUCUACCUUUUCUUCAGCGGGCAGCUGUCUAAGGGCCUGGGCACCCUGCUGUGCAGAGAGCACUCGGACUUGAAGGACUCGACCCCAGAGGAGGCGACUGUCACCAGCACGGUCUACGUGAGCCUGAAGAGCUCGUCCGAUUCAAGGUAAAGGAGGCAGACCCGCCUGCGCAUUCGGAUCAAAGCGGAGCAGAGCCUCCGGGACACAAGAGCGAGUGCCGGACCGCUCCCGGAUACUGGGACCAAGGCGUCCCUUGAACCAGGAGGGUAUCGCUGAGGGGAAUAAGCAGGAGUCGACGGGAGUGUGAGGCCCAGCAAAUGCAAUGCUGUGUUACCGAAUGACAAAUUGUAGUCUUGCUCUGAUGUUCUUUUUGGAGAGAAAAGGGUUUUAUCUGGCGCGUCUCACGUGUAGGUCACAUUUUGGGCAAUGCAUGAUCAAUUUAGGCCAUCUUAGGCCACAUUCUGUGCAGGGAAUUAAUCUUUUAGAUUAAAGAGUAAACCAAUAGGUGUCAUCAGCAGAAAUGAUCAGAAAUGAUGUGCGGGCCCCCCAGGGGUUCACCCCCAAUGGGAUACGAGGGGUCAAAGUUACUCCUUUUCACAAAAUUCAAAAUACCAGCAUGUAGAGUCUAUUUUCAUACGAGGUGGCCGAUUACGAAUAUAAUAAAAUUUUUCGAUAUUUCCUUCUUUACCGGCGGUCAUAGCCCUUAAAAAAGUAACAAAUUGGGGUAUCGGUUUAGACUGUUUCAAGGUCGGUGAUUCUGAAUAUGAGGUUAUUUUUUGGUUUUUGAUCCUUUAUUAGGGGUCUGCCUCACUAUGGAGCUCCAUCUGAGGGCAAAGCAUGACACAUUUCUAGUACAGUCAAGGAUAUUUAGACUUUGCAUUUGAAUCGAAGCACACAUUUUAAUAUUUCAAAUAUCCAACAGAAGCAUUCUUGCUUACUAUGCAGUUCUACCUCAUAGAGUUAAGUCAUUACGUUUCUUUUACAAUACAAGUUUAAGUUUAUUGGCAUGUACACAGCGAACAGUGAAACUGUCAUGUCCGACCGAAUGUACAGCAUGUUGCUGUGGUCUAGCGCCACGAUCAGUAAGCAAUAAUGUUCAAAAAAUAAAAAAAUAGAUAAAUAAAAAUAAGAGAAGCUUACCUUGAAACCUCUGAAUUCUUCCUUUCCCAAAUGGCACCUUACAAAUCAAAGAGGCAGAAGUUAGCAGAGUUCAGCUCAUCCUCUACAAUGUGUCAUACAUCCAGGUGUCUGGCAUAUUAGACGUGUGUGUAUUACAUGUGUAGUUAAUACAUUCCUUGCUGUAUGAUAUGUAUGUUUAUUACAUGUAGCUACUGUGUAUAACAUGUGUAUUAUAUGUACACAAUGUGCAUGUAUUACAUGAGAACAGCACACGUUAUUGCAUAUAUCUAUUCUGUAUAGUGUGGCCUUCUAUGUAUGUCACAUUGUCACUUGCGUACAAUUUAAGCAUACCAAUAUUGUGUAACGGUGUGAAAAGGAUAUGUGAGCAUGUGUUAAAGAGGUAAAAAUGUAAAAUUGUUAUAUUUUCAUAUUGAUGCAACAAGACUCAACAUCUUUGGCAAAUAAAUAAACAUUAGCUUGUGACAUA